GUGGAAACGGACAAGAUAGUGGACAACGAGAACUAGGGAAUGGCCAACGCUUCGUCCAAGAGGAUCGUGUCCGCCAAUGAGACAGCGUUGAAGAACCUACGCUUAGGAUUUUUGAUAGUCAACUUAUCCGCAUUGAUCUUACGUCUCAUACUAUCCCGAAUAACAUCCCGAUCCGCUAUACCGCGCCUGAUACCUGUCGUCUUACAGAUCGGAUCGUUCGUAGGGAGUUUAUCAGUCUGGAGAUGGUUCGUUUUGAUCUCUACUCCGAGGAUAGGAAGCGAUGGGAAGGUCAGAUCAGGGGAGGAUUUAGGAGGUAAGGGGGUGGUUGAGCUAGCUUGGGAUCUGAUUUACAUGACUUGGAUAUGUACCCUCGGCAGUGCUCUAUUAGGCGAAUGGAUUUGGUGGUUGAUGUUGCUCAUUCCGAUUUUCGGUACAUACAAAGCAUUCUACACACUUAAACCCCUGUUAGGAAUGUUCCUUCCUUCCCUCUUCGGACCCCGUUCCAACAUCUCACCAGACCCCGAGACAACAAAAAACGGAAGUGGUACACCCGGUGAAUCGAAGAAACAAGCGAAACUUCGUGUCAGAGCCGAAAAGGGGGAUAAGAGAGUUCAACAGCGUAAAUCUUGAUGUGAUCUUGAUACUCAU